GCCACUCCGUCCUCCAUCUUUAAUUCGCGCGAGCAGCUGAGAAAACUGUCUGAGAGAUAAGGUUUCCUCCUGUCAUGUAAGCAUCAUGUAUUGUUCCAAAAAAUGGGCCGUGUGGACUUCUCACUUACUCUUAUAUGACGUGAUUGAAGAAGCGGAUACUCAUCAUCAUGACGUCUUGACGAAAAUGAACAGACUUGAAGGUCAGAAUUUAGAUACAAUUCGACCUGUGUUAGCCUCAGGAGCGGUCUUUGUGUUCAUCUUUACCUUUCAGUUUUACAGUUGUCCUCCAUUACUUAUUGGAAUAUGGGUUCUUGCAUUUGGAAUUGCAGUAGGGUUUCUCAUUUUCAGUUAUUGUCCAGUAUUACCAAGUCUAUUAUUGCACUGGGGUCAACGUAAAAAGAAUUAUGGGGAAAAUGAAGAGCAGCAAUCAUCUGCAUCCAAGCAAUGCUCAAUUUGUGGUAACAGUAAAUGCCAACGUCAUAGACCAGAAAUUUCAAGGGCUGAACUAAAGCCAUGGGAAGAUCUUCUUGUUCCUGAAUCAGUAGAUGCAGCUUUACAAGAGUUUCUAGGCCUUCUUCUUCAAAGCUACGUCUACAGCUGGUACAGAGAGUUGAGCUGCAGUGAAAUAUGCGUUGAUGAAAUCCGUACAAGCAUCAGAUAUAUGGCAGCAGUGUUAUUAAAAAGAAUACAGAAGGUUGAUAUUCCAACUUUGAUUACAGAAAAUGUUGCAAAAGAAGGCUUGAAGCAUUUAGAGAUGUACCUUAGUAUUAAAGAGAAAGUCAAAUUGUCACAGGCUACCAACACUCAGACAGCAAUACUAGAUCGCUUUGGACCUAGGAUGCAUUGUGCCAUGCAGAACCGACAAAUGGAGCUUCAUUACCUUCGGAAGCUCUCAGAAUCCAUUAUUCCUUUUAUAUUACCUCCAGAAUCUCUGCAAUGUAGGAGCCUUUUAUCCUUACUGCGAGAAUUAAUGGCCAGUGCAGUGUUUCUGACGGCAGUGGACAAACUGUCAGAUCCUGAUUUUGUUAAUAACAUACUUCUCCUACUGUUGGACAAAGAACCAAUGGUUGCCUCUACAGAACCUUCAAGUCCUAAAGUCCCUUUACUUGCUAAGUUCGGAAAACCGAGAGCUCCACUUAUAAACUCGGCUCUUCAUCUGUCCAUAGCAGACAUUCUUCACACCCAGUCUGCCCUGUUUCCAUUCAUGCAGUUUAUGAAAAGCGAGGGAGCUUUAAAUAUUCUCCAGUUCUGCCUCACUGUCGAGGAUUUCAACAAGCGAAUUUUUGCCUCUGAAGAAACAAACGAGGAAAAAGAAUUUCUCAUUAGUGAGGUUAAAGAAAUCUUCAGUUCUUAUUUUGAUACUGGCGCUGUAGACAGAAUAAAUUUUGACCCAGAAAUAGUAGAAGGACUACAAGCAUGUAUUAUUGGUCCCAUGGAUAAAACAGAAAGAUUAAAAAUGGCAACUUUGCUUUCUAAAGCCUGUGAAUAUGCGUACAAUCUACUGGAGACAACAUUUCUUCCUCUCUUUUACCAGAGUGAUGAUUAUUUCUCUUUGUUGUGUGGAAGUCGUUUACCAGCCAAGCCAUUGUACAAACCAACGUCAAGGGUUUCAAAGAAAAAAUUUGAUCCUCUGGCGGAGUUUUCAAGGCUAGCAGGAAAAUUGAAAGAUAAAGUGAUGAAUCCAAGCAAAGACGAUUCACCGUUCGAAGAGGACCCGUUUGAUAUCCCGGAUACACCUCCGGAUUUUGAGCUGGAAAAUGAUAAUGAAGAAACAGAGGAGGCGGAAGAAGAAGAAUCACGUGAUCUCAGCAGGUGGAAAGUGACGAUACCACACGUGAUCAUGGAAACUAGACAGAAAUGCAUGUUCAUCAUAUCAGUUGAAAGAGCCGAUGUCACUGAAGCUACAAGAUGGGAUGUUGCCAGGAGGUAUAACGAGUUCUUUGUUCUCCAGAGCAAGCUUAAAGAAUUUCAUGGUGCCAUUGAUGACUCCCUUCUGCCAUCGAAACGUAAUUCCUCUAAAACUAUCUCACAAAAGAGUACAGCUGCUUACUUCGAAGCUUGUCGAGUUCAGUUUGAGAAAUAUUUAAAGUAUUUGUGUUCUAAUUCCCUGCUCAAAGGAAGUGCCCUGUUGUUCAACUUCUUUUCUCCUGAUAAAGAAUUCAGCAACAUGUUUGGUCCUGACAAAAUGGGCGACAAAGCGGGAAAAAAGUUCAAGUCCAUGACAACGAUACUCAAGAAGGAGAAAGGCCAGAACCUUGAUCCUUUUCUGCAAGCGUUUUUAUCUUCUACCGUGGAACCAACAAAACGAAAACCACUACCAAAAGGCCUUCUAGAUCAGUCAAAACGAAGCGAGGAGGGACUAUUUCCAGGAAGAAGAAAAACCUUGAGUAAUUCAAUGCGCUUAAAAGCGGAAGCGACAGGCAAGCCGCAGCUACAAGUCACCGGUGUUACUGAUUAUAUCCUCUACCUUGCUCAGCGGCUGUUUAGUGUUCCAGCGUGGUUAUACAGCUUGCUAGUUUGUGGAAAAGUCGCCUUUCAACAGACCCUUGAUGUGUACGCCGACAGAUAUUUAGCCGGUAAAUUGGAUCUAUUAACAAACGAACAUCGCUUGGUUAUGAUCAUUCACUUACUAAGAGAUGCAAUCUUCUUUGAUCAAGAUCCCCCGAGAACCGAUACACAGAAGUUAGAAAGACGCGAACAGACUCUGAAAGAAAUGCUGGAUUUCAUUCCAGACAUGGCUGUACGAGUGAUAGGCACCGAAAGACAUAAGUCCGGUAUCACGUUACUAUUUGAGCUGCUACAACAACCCAGGUUGAAUAAACAGCUGACCUAUGUUCUUCUGGAUUGUGUGAUCGGAGAGAUCUUUCCCGAACUAAAAGAGAGCAAGUUAUUCCCAGCGGACGAACUCCCAAGUCGCUGCUGAAUGGUUGAGGUGAAGACUGGUCCAACGCCCCGUCCGCGCUACUCGGGAGGAAUUUGAAAACGCAGCUUUAUUUCUCCGGUUAGGCCAUCCGUCCACACUAAACCGUCACGAAAACGGAAC